AUGUUAUUGAAAUUGCAGCGGUAUAACUUGACCCUGGAAUUUGUAACCGGGAAAGAUAACGUGGUGGCAGAUGCGCUUUCUCGUGCUGUGAAUCAGGAGAUUUCGGACACGUACGAGAAACUAAAUGUAUACACAAUACUCGAUGAAGUUGCCCAAAUGAAAAUCAGUAGCUUUCUUAGUGUCUCGGAUGCAAGACUCACAGAGAUCGCAGAACAUACGGCGCAGGAUCAGACGAUGCAGAUCAUAACCAAGUUCAUCCAACAAGGUUGGCCUAAAUCGGUCGACCAAGUACCCGAUGGUGUAAAAAUUUUCUUCAAUCAUCGACAUGAAUUCUCAUCACAGGACGGCUUAGUGUUUCGUAAUGAUCGCAUUGUCGUUCCAUACACAUUAAGAAGACAGCUUAUAGAUAAUUGUCAUGCAAGCCAUAACGAAAUGGAAGCCACUUUGAGGCUGGCACCAGCUAACUUGUUCUGGCCUGGUAAGAGCUCACAGGUUAAGGACGUCGUAAGGCAAUGCGCAGUAUGCGCAAAAUUCGCCGCAUCGCAGGCAAAUCCACCUAUGAAAACCCAUCUGAUUCCAGUGUAUCCUUUCCAGAUGGUUUCGUUCGACGUGUUCUUCGCCGACUACAAAGGAAUAAAGCAUAAAUUUCUCGUAACAGUGGAUCACGAUUCGGAUUUUUUUGAGGUCAACGUACUGAAGGACCUAACGCUAGAUUCCGUGGUCGCUAUCUGCAAAGAAAAUUUUGCCCGUCACGGCAUUCCUCAACUUGUACUGUCUGACAACGGAACCAAUUUCGUUAACCGCAAAAUGAUUCAAUUUGCUUCCGACUGGUGCUUCAAGCAAGUCACGUCAGCGCCUCAUCAUCAGCAGGCAAACGGGAAGUCGGAAGCCGCCGUCAAAAUUGCAAAACAUCUUUUGAAGAAAUCCGAGAAAAGUGGGUCGGAAUUUUGGUAUGCGUUACUUCACUGGCGAAAUAUCCCGAGUAAAAUCGGUUCUAGUUCGGUCGCACGCCUAUUUUCCCGUUCGACUGGGAGUGCAGUACCAACCAGCGCAAAUCGUUUACUCCCGAAGGUGGUAGAAGAUGUUCCAUCUAUGAUAGAGGUACAACGUAAGCGGAACAAGCAGCAUUACGAUAAAAAGAUUCGCUACUUACCGGAGCUUCAAGUUGGUGCACCUGUGUAUGUACAGCUGGAUCCGGCAUCAUCAAAAAUAUGGACUCCAGGGACCAUAAACAACCGCUUAAAUGAACGCUCAUACCUAGUAGAUGUGGGAGGUAAUAAGUAUCGGCGAAGUCUUGUACAUCUGAAACUGCGAACAUCGCAGCCACAGCAUUCAGCAAAUAAUCCAGAGAACUCAGCAGGUGGAGAACAACAAAACAAUAAAGAUGAUGACAAAAGCACACGUCAAAAAGAUUCUACCGAUUCAACUAACACACCGGUUGCUGUGUUGGAUUCGAACAAUUUACCGCAGAGUGCGUUUAGGACAGUGAACAGUGAUGAUAGCGAUACGCAAACCAAAAACAAACCAGCUCAGGAAAAGAGUCUUCGCCCGAGAAGAGAGACACGCCUGCCGGCCCGUUUGAUGGAAUACCAACUAAAUCUUUAA